UGUGGGUGGGCGCGCCCGCCCGCGUGGCGGCGUCGGGGGCGGGGCAUGGCGGCGCGGCCGCCGCCGGAGCCGCCGCACGCGCUCGCGGAGCACCGCGGCGUGGGCGAUGACAGGCUGCUGGCGCCGCGGGGCUCCGACAGGAGCCCCGCCGACUCGCCGCCGAGCUCGGGCCAGCUCCUCCUCGCCGCCGGCGGGCUGCUGGGCUCCAGCCCGCGGCUCGCGGCGUCGCCGCCCGGCUCCAGCCGGCACCUCCUCGCCGCGGGGCCGCCCAGCUCGGGCGAGCUCAUGAGCGAGGCGACCGCAGAGGCGCUCUACGACCGCCUCCUGGUGUCGCGGUUCGCAGCAGAGCGCAAGUCCAAGAAGUGCGAGGCCGUGGAUCUCGCCAAGGAGCAGCCCAAGAGCGGCGGUAUGCUGCUGCAGGCGGCGCGGCAGCCGAGCCCGCUGCGCGUCCAUGGGCGCGCAGCGAGCCCUUGCGGUGGCGGGCCGCCUACGAGCAAGGCGGACUCGCUGCUGGCGCCGCGGCGCGCCGCCUCCCCCGCCGCGGCGGCGUCGCCGCCGCGGGCCUCGUGCUCGCGGGCGGCCCCGGGCACGGGGGCCCCCGCAGGACCUGGCGCGAGGAGGCACGGCGUGAAUUGCGAGGGGAAGGACCAGGAAAACUCUUACCUCAGGCGCAAUAUUGAGCACUUGCGCCUCGGCAAGCGCCAGCUCGAAGCCCAGGUAGCGAACCUCAACAUCCGCGUCCAGAGCUUGCAGGAGCAGAACCGCCAGUACCGGGCUUUCUGCGAGCAGCCGAGGGCGGGAGCAGGGCAUUCCGGGGGCCGACUCGGGAUGGAGAUGGACAACUUGCAGGAGAAGCUCACGGCUGUGCAGAUGUUGAAGGACGCCCUCAACACGGAGAACCUCGAGCUGCAGAGACGGCUAGAAGCCGCUUUGGAGAACCUGCGCACCGAGCAGAAGGAGCAGAGGCACACGCAGUGCGUCGUGUGCCUGGACAACCUGGCCAAUAUUGUGUGCUUGCCCUGCAAGCACUUGGCGUUGUGCAGCCUCUGUGGCGCCCCGGAGCGCAACAUCGCGAGCUGCCCGAUAUGCCGGACCAGCUUGUCCGACCGGCUCCAGGUCUUCAUGCCCUGACGGCACGGCGAGCUGCACCAGCAGGCUGCACAGCUGGCCCUUUUCACCGGAAUGUCAGAGAGUCAUAUCUGCUUGUUUCCCGUCGAAGGGAGGUUGCUUUCUAUAUUUUCGAAAAGACAAACUAGGUGCGCUCGCGCCACAUCUGCCAUCCGACCCCUCCCUCCUCCGAGGAAGCGCACACAUGGAUCAGCGACGCGCGAAUUGGCAACGGGCGCCGCGUCCAUGCAGGAUCUGCGCGCGCCGUCGCCACAUGAGGCGGUGCUCGCCUCACGCUUGGGCGGCGCAUUCCCCAAUUCAUGAAUCUGUCAGGAGGGGAUACAAACGUCUGGGACACGUCGUCGGAGCAUAACCUGCCGGUGCGUCGCCCUUCGCGUAGACUGGAGCGGCAGUGAUCCAUCAGACGCGCCGAAGCUUGCAUUUCGAGCCCACGAGUAUUUACAUGUGUACAGCCUGUGGAAGCGUAGGCCGAGGACUGCUCAAGGAUCUUCUCGAGCCUUGCGCAAGUGCGUGAGGACCAAAGUGGGGGGA